ACUCAAGGCUAAACCUUUUUCUUAACCUUCAUAACAUUAUUCUCUCUCUUUCUUUCCAAGUGUUAAGUUGCCAACCAACUAUAUGUCUGUUGAAGAUAAGAAGCAUGCAGAAAACCCUAAUAAUGGCAUAAGUAAUAAACUCAGUUUUGUUAGAGAUGGUGCCAUCAAAUUGCCACCAGGGUUUCGGUUCCAACCCACGGAUCAAGAGAUCGUGUUUCAGUAUUUGCUUCGUAAAGUCUUCGCAUGCCCGUUGCCUGCCUCUAUUAUUCCUGAAAUCGUCGACAUUUGCAAAUUCAAUCCUUGGGACUUGCCAGGGGAGUGGGAGCAAGAAAGAUACUUCUUUAGCAAGAAAGAGGCCAAGUAUGGACAAGGAAAUAGAGUAAACAGAAAGAGUGAUGAUGGAUAUUGGAAAGCAAGUGGGUUUGAUAAACAUAUCACUAGAUGUUGUAGCAACAAUCCCAUUUCUAGGAAGAAAGAUACCAUUACAGGAAUGAAGAAGACACUCGUGUUCUAUAAAAGCAAGCCUUCGACGACUAGAACUCACUGGAUCAUGCACGAAUACCGCCUUGUUCACUCGCCUACUUUACCAACCGACACCUCCAAUGAUAAGAAAUAUUGGAUUCCAUUGGGAAAUUGGGUGUUAUGUCAUGUAUUGUUGAACAAAAGAAGUCGAAAAUCAGAUGAAAAUGAUAGCUGGAAGAGGCUGGAUUCGCGGGAACAAGUAGCUAGUCAUCAAAAUUUUACUAGAAAUGACACAGCUUUGAUUGACUGCGAUGAAGCUAGUUCAUGCUCAUCUUCUUCAUCAUGUGGCUCUAGUGUAGUCACUCAUGAAGUGUCGUCAAGUAGAGCAUCACUAGAACAUGAAGAAACUAACGUUGUAUAGUAAUAAUGUAAUAAAUCUUUUUUCCAAGCUAACUAAUGUAUUAAUGGUCAUUAGUUAAUUGCUUUUGGUCAUCUAUUGAUGGAAAUAUAUAUUUUUCGUAUUA